AUGCCCUCAAUUGCUGCUACAGCCGCGCAGGCCGCGAUGCCUUCAGUUGCCUGCUGCAGCCCGCGGGCCGCGAUGCCUUCAAUUGCCUGCUAUAGCCCGCGCAGCCUAGCAGCCCGCGAUGGCUUCAAUUGCGCUACAGCCCGUGCAGCCCGCGAUGGCCUCAAUUGCGCUGCAGCCCGUACAGCCCGUGAUGGCCUCAAUUGCGCUACAGCCCGCGCAGCCCGGCAGCCCGCGAUGGCUUCAAUUGCCUGCUGCAGCCCGGCAGCCCGCGAUGCCUUCAGUUGCUGCAGCGGGCUACGUGCGCAGGCCGCUGGAAUGGCACUGUAG